AUGGAAUUUUAUGAAAAUGAUGAAGUUGACGAGGAGUCCUGUGAUUCAUAUGCCAGUGAUGAUACCAGCGAGAGUGGUUUUGAUUUCGAUUAUGAUGAACUAGUCGAUGAUUUAGAUGAGCUUGAACUUUCUGAUGAAGAUUUGGAUGUAUAUACAGAGGAGCUGAAUUCAACCAAUGAAAGCCAUAUCACGGAUGACGGCUUUACCUCAAUCUCUCUCAAAGAGCGAACUCCAGUUUCAGUCUUUAGGACCUUCUUUAGUGAAGAAGUUUUAAGCCUGAUCACUGAUCAAACAAACAUUUAUGGAAAAGGAAAACAACGAAAUAACAAUCAGAAGAAAAUGAGUAACUGAAAGGAUGUGAGCAACAAAGAGAUUGAACCGUUUCUCGGAUUGAUUAUUCUAAUGGGUAUCAAUAACUUGCCAGAUAUGAAACUGUAUUGGAGUAAAGAUAUGAUAUUCCAUAAAGCCAUCGACAGAUUAGAAGACUCCCCUAUAUUAGAAGACCCCCCUGACAAAAUCGAUUUUUUUACAAAUAAUUUCUGGAGUUCAUUAACUUUUUUAGUAUUUAAGCCCAUAAUUGUAUCUUAGAUCAGUAUGAACAAUAUUUUGCUUCAUGCAUGAAAAUGAUGCAUCAGUUCGAAGUGAAAAAAGUCUUGCGAAACGAUGAAUAGGAAACAACUAUUUAGUAAAGAAUGUAUUUCUUUAUAGAACACAUAUCAUGGAAUCUUUUUAGGGGUCUUUUGCAGCAUAUUCCGAAGGAAUUUUUACGGUUCUCUAUGCAAAAAAACUUCUCAUGACCGUGGGUUAUGAUGGACUCAGUGAAGAAUCGUGGAUGUAACGCAUGAAGAGAUCUUUGUAAAAUAGUACCAUAUUAGGUGAAACUUCAUUUGCACAAUAAUUAAAAAGCCUCAUUAUCUGGGAUUUCUAGAAAUUCUGAAACAUAUUCAUCACGAAGGAUUCUUUCAUAAUUGAGAAACACGUGAACUCAUCGAUAUACGCUCAAGACAGAAACGAAUAAGAAAAUCUCAAUUCGGCAACGUCUUCGAUCGGAUUCAGUUCGCCUCAGACAAAUUCAAACGAAUAAGAUCAUUCGACAAUUCGAUUUGGUUUUCGUCUCUAAUAUGCAUCGGUUUUUUGUAACUACUUCUCAUGAGACUCAGAACGCAUUUCUAUUCUCAAUAAAACCUGAAGUCAAUUUUUAAGAAAAGACCAAGAACAAAACACAAAAUCUGUAUCCAACUACUCUUUCUUUAUUAAUUGCUUAUUCUUAAUACAAAUGUAUUCAUUGACGUUGGCUUGAGACUUAUAAAUAUGCUAUUAGUAGAUUUUGAUGUGAACAGAGUCCAUUAAUACUAGUCAAAAAUAAACAAGAACAAUAAAUUUAAUGGAGUUUGAUAAAACAAGUUAAUUCUUUUUCUGAGUUAUUUAGUUAUUGAGAAUUUAAAAUUUGUUCAAUGGCAGAUCUUAUUUUUUAGAAAAAAAAACUGUUAGUGAACAUUUUACCAAGGUGUUCGGGUACGUUUCCUUUAAUAUUCUAGGAAUAUUUAUUACCAAUGAUAGACUCUCUUUUUUUCACAGGAUAAAAUUUGUUACUAUCUCAUCAUACACAUGUCGAAUAAGUAAAAUACUGUUUUUCUAACGAUUAUGUAGAACAAAAUUGAAUUGAAACAAAAAUUUGUUGGAAAGGCUGGUGAAAAAUACAACUUUUUAGGGGACAUAAUAGAAGACCCCGGGUCUUCUAAUGUGUCGGUGGCUUUAAUACAUUUAUUUCUGCUAUCAUGUCAAGAAAUCGUUUUCUUCAAAUUUUUUAUAAUAUACAUUUGGCUGAUAGCUCAUUGCAACCAAAACGAGAAUCCAAAGAGUACAGUAAAAUUUUCAAAGUUAAGAAUUUUACUGAAAUUUUACGGAGAAAUUUCCAAAAAAAUUAUAACCAAAUAGAAACAGAUCAAUCUAUACCCCUCCGAUACAAAUCAAUCUGCUAGUCUCAACUCUUGCUUUUCAGCAAUCGAUGAAGUCGUAAUUAAUUGUUCAAAUUGCAAAUGAUAUGCUUAAUCAAAUUAUAAAAGAAAUGCAGAGUUUAAUUUCGCCGACGCGUUUCGUGUUAUUUAUUUGAAUAUUAAAACACUCAUCAGGGCUCUGCAUUUUGAGGAAAACAAUAAAAUAGUACAGAAAAUUUAAAAACUCUAUAAUUUUACAAAUGCUUCACAUUAACAACAUACAAAAAAUCUAAAAUUGAAUAAAUAGUACAAUACAUAACAUUACAAUUGACAUAUACGCUCUGACACACUAUUACAUUUAAACAUUUUUGAAAUAGUACAGCUAACAUCAUAAUGUAAGUGACCUCAACAACCUGACAUAUUUUUAAAUUAAAGUGCUUCAGCUUGUGUCCAAGGCGUCUGUGCCAAUCAGCAUAUUAUCUUAUAUGAUAUCUUCUCUUUCUCAGUGUGCUCUUAUAAAAUCAAUGACAUGUUGCGUUCUUAAUCGCGUUACUCUUACGUUUAUCUCUUUAUAAUGGAACUUUGUUCCUGUCUGUCGUAAUGCGCUUCUCAUUCAAUAAUAUAUAUCUGUUCUCUCCUUGUCAUCAUUACUUGUUCAUUCGUACAUUGUUGUAUCUUUGGCCUCAUUAUCUGUCUUCGCAUCAUUUCCUAUUCUACUCGUACAUACAAACGUGUCAUUCAUAUGUAAACGAUAUGAUGGUAUGAUGUGCCAAGAAGCACGUCAUCUUUGCUAAUUAUGAUAAUGGUUAUUACGUCAUACGACACUAACAUAUCUUCUCAAUGCCACUGGAUCAUCAAAGGUGACAUAAGAAGAUGAAUGUACUUUCUACAACAACCGUUAAUUGAUCGUAUGAUGCGUAAUAUUCUGUUAUAUCUUUCCUCUUUCCUUUCUCCUUUUUGUAUUGUAAUAUUUAUUCUCUAUCCUCUCUUCCAUCCUUCUCCUAUAUAAGCUCAUGUUGUGUAUUAGAUUGUUACAUUUGGAUGUAGGUACAUUUUUUGGAUGUAGAGCACAGUCGAAUAAACAUCAUGCCCAUCACUAUGGGAUCAAAGACAUAAAUGUGCCUCUCCAUUUGUCAUAACGAUAGUGGAAUGCACUAGUAGCUCAUUAACAUCAAUGCCCAACCAGUGGUAGAGCUGCAUCACCAUUUUCGUUACAUUUGGCGACUCUGGCAGGAUGAAUGAUUUUGGAGUGGUGUUGGAACAUUCGAUUGAUGAUUCGUUACCACUUCUGAUUCUGAACGAGGAACGGUAAGAAGUAAUGGUGCAGGUGAUGAGUACGUGG